UAAUUUUAUUGUGGGUUUUUUACGCACGAGGCGUCUCGCGCACUGUGUCCCGAGCGGCGGGGAAACUUUUACUCCCGUCAGAAACACAAGGAAACAACAACAACAACAACAACAACACUGACAGCGGAGCAAAAACAAACAGCUGGAUGUAAAUUUUAAUUUAUUCUAAUUUAAAACAUGUUUUUCUUCAUUUUAUUUCCGGUGAUGAUGUUGGUGAGCUGGUCUCGUGCAGGAUGAUGAAGAUGAAGAGGAUGAAGAUGAUGAUGGUGUUACAGCGGCACAGAUACAGCUCGGAUUAAGUACAGAGUUGGACUCUCUCUCUCUCACACACACACACUCACACACACUGCUCUCACACACACACACUCACACACACUGCUCUCACACUCACACACUGCUCACACACUCACACACACACUGCUCACACACUCACACACUCUGCUCUCUCUCUCUCACACACACACACUGCUCACACACUCACACACACACUGCUCACAUACUCACACUCUGCUGUCACACACACUGCUCACACACACUCUGCUGUCACACACACUGCUCACACACACUCUGCUGUCACACACACUGCUCACACACUCGGGGUGAUGAAGAUGGAGACGCGGCGGUGUGUGUGGAAAAGCCUGUUUCCGGUUCUGGUCCUCCUGUUCGGCUGUCUUUACCAGGUGAGUGAGGGGCGGGCCAGCGUGAUGAUGUCAGAGACACUCCCUCGUUUCUCGUCUUCUUUUCCUUCGUCUCUCCCCAUUUCCUGUCACCUGCACGGCGCUGAAUCAUCCUUCUUCCUCAUCCGUGAUUCUCCACAGGAAGUGAUGCGCAAUGGAACUCUGAGCUCUCUCACUCAGCCUCUCUAUCUCCACCUGCUGCACUCUGACUCCGCCCCUUCAGUGUCUCUCAACUGUAGCUAUGGCAACAUCACUGCUGAGGCACUGGUACCUCCCGAACUCAUCUACACGGCGUGGUCGACUCCUAGAGUUGGCCCCACCUCUUCGUCUAAGCCUUUUUUGGGCUGGAAAGUGAAAGCUCACCUGUUAAGCUCAUCAAUAGGGGUGGAACAACCUCAGGUGCAUGUUUUGUUCUAUCUGAUUGGACACAGGUGGAAGGAGGCCGAACUUCCUCUGGAGAACUUACCAUGUGUACUCGUCGUGGGGACACGUGACCAAUCAGAUAGCUCCGUCUCUGCUGCGUGCAGACUGCAGGGCAUUCUGGGAAUAUGCGUGGUCCAGCUGGGCGUGCCCACUUCCUGGUUCAGUCCAGUGCUGAGCCGCAGACGGCUGCAGGAGCCAGUGAUGGAGCUGCACUACUCCUUGUGGCCUACAGAGGGUGGGAACAGCGAGUGUGCAGGGGGUAGGGAGCGAGGGAAGGGUGUAGGGGACAUGCGGAGGAUCGGGAUGGUGACCCUGACCUCAGGCGACAGUAAGAGAGAUGGAAUGAGGGUGAGACUAGACCAGAAUGUGCAGAUCGUCACGCCAUCUCGUCCCGUCAAACAGGGACAGAACGUCAAAUUCAGGAUCCUGCUGAACACCGCGUCCACGACUGAACAACUCACACUUCGGGCUCAAUACGGUGAAGGCAUCAACUUCGUAGCAGUGAAGCCCAGUAACUUGAAUACGUGGGAAAUCAAACAGGAAGUUGCUCCAGGCUCCGCCUCCUUUUCCAUAUUCUGUGAGAGGAAGACCGGUUCAUCCAAUGAGAGGAUGGAUGUCUCCUUUGAGGAAGUGAUGUUGGUGGAUUUUGAGAUGGAUAACUUCAUCACGCUGCAGGCGUCUCACUCCAUCCUCUGGAGGGUUGAAUAUCCAUCUACAGGAGAAACAGCUGAAUCCGUCACACUCGUCUACGUCAGACAGAGGGAUGUCCUGGGUAUCGUCCCACUUGCCGAGGACACAGAGAUCCUGAACACAGCGAUUCUCACCGGUCAGCGUGUGUCACUUCCUGUGAAGGUGGUCACUGUGGAUCAGGACGGGACCGUGCGAGAGGUUGAUGACCCAGUCACCUGCAGGUCCACUGAUGAGGAUGUCCUGAUGGUCUCUCCAGACUGUGAUGAGGUGUUAGUGAAUGGUAAAGAGAUGAGGGGGCGUGUCUCUGUGCAGGUGAACUUUACGUACCUGUAUCUGAACAGUCAAUUAGAGCUGAGUGUCUGGGUGCCACGGUUACCGCUGCAGAUCGACGUCUCUGAUGUGGAACUGAGUCAGGUGAAAGGAUGGAGAGUCCCCAUCACUGGAAACAAGAGGCCGACCCGGGACAGCGAGGAUGAUGAUGAUGAUGAGCGUAAAGGGAAAGGAUGCACGCUGCAGUAUCAGUACGCUCUCGUUCGGGUUCUAACACACUUUGUGGCUGAACCGAGUGACCCCACUGAUGACCUCAUCCACAUGCUGGGUCCUGAUUGGUCGGCAGACAUAACAGACCUGGUAUUGGAUUUCCUGAAGGUGGAGGAUGAGCGAAUUGCACGACUCACAGAUGGAAGAGUGUUAAUGGGGAGGGACCUGGGCAUCACCACAAUACAGGUGAUCUCUCCGCUGUCGGACUCGAUCCUGGCAGAGAGGACGAUCACAGUGCUGGAUGAUAAAGUCAGCGUCUCUGAUCUUGUUGUUCAGAUCUUCAGCUCUCUCUCGGUCUCCUUUCAGCUCAGUCCACAACACAACAACGCCAUUUAUAUCACUGCUACUGCUAACGACCUGCUACACACACACAAACAGGAAGCAGUAAUCAGCACAUGGAUUCAAUACAGCGACGGCUCUGCUACGCCCCUCGACAUCUAUGACCCUAAAGACUUCACGCUAGCUGUGACCUCACUGGAUGAGAACGUGGUCUCCACCAAUCAGGAUCAGCUCCACCCCUGGCCCAUCGUGACUGCUGAGCAUGAAGGUCAAGGGUCACUGGUGCGUGUAGAGAUGCUGAUCUCUGAAACGUGUCAGAAGUCCAAGAGGAAGAGUGUGUUAGCGAUGGGUGUUGGAAGUGUUCGGGUUAAAUUUGGCCAGGAAGAGAAGAGUCUGGUGCAGGGGGAGGGGGGAUACAGCGAUUUGGACACUGAUAAACAUAAACACGAUGUCCAGGUUUUAGAAGAAGAUCACGAUGAUGAUGGAGAGGGAUGGAAGUUCACAAACGCAGAGGAAGUUGCGCUUAGGAAGGUCAGCACCACUACAAAGUCGGCCAUAACCAGUCAGGGGGGCAAUAACGAAGCAGUGGGGGAGGAGCUAAUCAAUAACCCCACCCAGGAUGAGAUCCCGAGUGACGAGCUCACCUCAAACCCACGGCGUCUUUCAGACCUCGAGAUCGGCAUGUACGCACUGCUCGGCGUCUUCGGCCUUGCCAUCCUCGUCUUCCUCAUCAACUGCAUCAGUUUUGCCUUCCGCUACCGACACAAACAACUUCCUGUUUUGGACCGUGGCACUCUUAACCAUGCUCAUGACUGGGUAUGGCUUGGGAAUGGGGCGGAGCUUCAGGAUCAGCAUCAUGGUGAUACCGAGCUCACUACCACAGCCGUUGACCGCAACGAAGGUGUCGAGGAAAGCAAAUAUUUGCUGAACCUGAACGGGGGCGGGUCUCAGAAAAGAAGCACCACACACACACAGGAAGGGGCGGAGCCGAGCAUGAAAAAGAGAGUGAAAUUCACACCUUUCACAACAGUCAUGACGGACGAGAGCACGGCGUAUGCUAAUGUGGUAGGAAACGAAGAUGAUAUAAAGUGGGUGUGUCAGGACGUGGACGUGGGGACAUACAUGGAGAGACUGCAAGACAAUCUGUGAACAGAGGAAUAAAACAGAGGGGACAGAGAGAGAGAGAGAGAGAGACACUCGAUACAAACUCACCUGUAAUGCCUUUGCAUGGAGGAGGAAAAAUUCACACACGCUGGAGAGAGAAAGACGCGAAAAAAACCUCAUGAAAAUAAUGAAAUGAAAGAUGAACACAUAAAAGUUUAUUCUUUGCCCUUAUUUUAUAAAGGGGACAUUUAAAUACACAGAUAGUGAAAAAAGCACAGAGUGAGAAAGAAAGAAAGAAAGAAAGUCCAAAAGCAACAAAGAGAGAGAGAGAGAGAGAGAGAGAGAGACUUUGGUUUUUAUUGAAAUCGAUUUCUUAUUGUUUCUGUUUUUAUUUUGGUUUUGAAGUCACUGGUUUUGUUAUUUAUUGAUAGGGAAAGUAGGUCAGCUUUAGAUUGGAACCUGCACACUGUUCACUCCUGACAGAGGACAGGAAAUAUCCCACAAUGCACUCCAGUGGGAGUGCGGAGGCGUGGCGUGUACAGAGUAAAGCCACACGCUGUAGGGAACGUUACUGAUUCACAAUUAACAGAAAUUCUAAACACUGGUUUCUUAGAGAACUUUCAGACCUCGUCCACACAUGUACAGAUAUUUCUAAAAAGGUAGUGUUAAAACAGACAUGCGUGCGCGCACACACACACACACACACACACAGUGCUUUUGAGGAAAUAUCUGUCCACAGGAAACUGAUCUGUAAACAGUCAUGUGAUCCCACCAACGCAGUGACGGAACGCCGCUGUUAAAAUGUUUUAGUACCGUUGAAGGUUCUCCUGGAAGACAGCAUGUCCUACGGGUCUGAUCCUAAACCUGGGGUCUCAGGAGCGGUGUUUUAGGUGUUUUCAGACCAGCAGAACUUUCUCAUAGUUCUUAGAACUGUUGGAGGAAGUUCCCCUUUUUUCUGUGUCGCACUGCAGGA